AUGUCAGCUAAAAAUCGUGACUACGAUCCGAUGUCUGAAGAUGGCUACGAUAGUAAAAUCCCAUUGCAUAAUGAUGAAGCAUUUCAACAUGGAAUACUAUACGAUGCAAAAUUCAUCGGCUCAGUUGAAGUACCUAAACCGGCAAGUAGAGUUGAAAUUGUUACUGCUAUGCGUCGUAUUCGUUAUGAAUUCAAAGCAAAAGCCGUAACAAAACGUAAAGUGAAUUUAUUAAUAUCUGUCAAUGGGAUAAAAGUUUGUCUAUCAAAAAAGAAGACGAAAGAUUCACAUUUUGAUGAAAAUAAACUUUUCAUUAUGGAACAUCCAAUUUAUCGAGUAUUUUAUGUAUCACAUGAUAGUCAAGAUUUGAAAAUUUUCAGUUUUAUUGCACGUGAUAAUGUCAAUAAUUCAUUUCGUUGCAAUGUCUUCAAAGCUUACAAAAAGAAUGAAGCGAUGCGUAUUGUACGUACAAUUGGCCAAGCAUUCGAAGUUUGCCAUAAAUUAGCAUUACAACAACGACAACAAACACCAUCAUCUCAAAUAAUGGAAUCAAAUGAUAUUAACGAUACUAAAAAAGUUUCAAGUCCAACUAAAAUUGAUUCUAAUUCAUCGGAAAAUGAUUUAUCAAGCAAACAAGUCAAUCGUGAAACGCUUGCACCUAACAUGGAUCCUAUUGAAAAAGCUGAACGUUAUGUACAAAGUGUUCAAACACCCACGUUUCCACCAGCUGGUGAUAGCAAAUCAGUAAAUCUAUUUCAAUCUCAUUCAUCAAGUGAAUUUACACUUAAACAUCAAAUGCAAUUUAUGCAAGAACAAAUACAACAAAUGCAAAACGAAUCUGAAUUAGCAUUUAAUCAAAUUAAAUUAAUCAAAGACCAAUUAAAUAUCGAAAUAAUGGCUCGUAUUGAUGCACAGAACAAAAAUACUCAAUUACUUCAACGAAAUCGAGAAUUAUUAACGCAUAUUCAACAAUUAUUGCUCUAUACAAAUGAACUUGAAAUGAAAUUAAUGAAUAAUAAUAUUGAUCCAAUAAAAAUUUCACCAUCACGUCCAACUGAUUUAUUACUUUUCCCAUCAUUUUUUUCAGCAUUAACAUCAUCAAGUCCAUCGAAUCAGCAAUGUUUGUCAAGUGAUUCACCUGACUCUGGCAAAGGAAAAGAAAUAUCAUCAGAAAGUAUAUCUGAUCCAUUUUUACCACACUUUCACGAUCAACAAUUAAAUAAUUCAACGAAAACAUUUUCAAUAACUGAUGAUUUAACAACGCAAUCUCUAUCAGCUAACGAUACUUCAAAUUGUCAACAACAUAUAUCUGCGUAUUGUUCAACAUCUUCAUCACUAACUUCAUCAUCUCGUUCUUCAUCAGCUUCAAUUAAAAUUUCAAAGAAAAAAAAAUCUCAAGAUUCAUCGAACAUUGAUCCAUAUCUUUAUCAUAAUAAAAAACCGACUAGUUCGUCAUCUUUCACAAAUUCGGCUUUUACUCAAAGUCCACUUCGAACAGUAACAACAGAAUUUGAUCCAUUGAUGAAAUAA